UGACCGUGACUUUCCUAUUUUGUUGCGUGACUCGGGCAUUUUGUGUUUUCGGCUAUUUUUCUCCGGACAUUGUCUGAGCGGUAUUUCUCUAAAAUAAUUGCGUUAAAUCGAGUCAUGAAGUUUAAAUUUAAAUAGUGCAGAUGAAAGAGAGUCGCGUGUAAACAUGUCAAUGAAGCGUUGACUCCCGAGAGAGAGAGAGAGAGAGAGAGAGAGAGAGAGAGAGAGAGAGAGAGUCUGAAGAGAGAAAGAGAGAGAGAGAGAGAGAGAGAGUCUGAAGUGUCGCUGUUGUUUUCAUUCCUCUAAUCUCACUCGUUCAUCACCUGCGGAUCAUGAGCGGUGAAUGGCCACUGGGAGACGAGAGUUCGCUCAUGUCUCCGUCAGAGGAGGAGAAGCACGAGGAGCUGUGGGAGAGAGUGGAAGGAGUGCGACACAAACUGACCCGCAUUUUAAACCCGGCGAAGUUGACGCCGUAUCUGCGACAGUGCAAGGUGAUCGACGAGCAGGACGAGGACGAGGUGCUGAACUCCAGUCAGUAUCCGCUGAGGAUCAGCAGAGCCGGGCGUUUAUUGGACAUCCUGAGGGGGCGUGGCGAGCGCGGUCUCCAGGCCUUCAUGGAGUCACUGGAGUUUUACCAUCCGGAGCAGUUCACGCAGCUGACCGGACAACAGCCGACACAACGCUGCUCCAUCAUGCUGGAUGAGGAGGGUCCUGAGGGUCUGACUCAGUUUCUGCUGCUGGAGGUUCGUAAGCUGCGAGAGCAGUUGCACUGCAGUCGUGUGUGUGAGCGGCGUCUGUCUCAGCGCUGUCGCAUGGCCGAGGAGGACAGAAGUCGAGUUGAGCGCAAAGUGCAGGAGCUGCGACAGGACCGUAUACAACAGGAGAGGUUGAGGCAGGACUGUGAGUCUGGCAGUCGUGAGUUGGGUUUGCUGAAGGAGAGACAUCUGGAGCAGGCUGUGAAAUAUGCGCGAGCGUUAGAGGAGCAACGUAAAGCUGCAGCGCGUGAGAGAGAUCUGCUCACAGAGGUGGAGCAGCUCAGGAAGAGAUUACAGGAGGUGGAGAAACGAGCUCACGAUGGCUCUGCCCCCUCACUGACGCAUCACACAAGCAGCGGAGUGUGUGACGGCGCCCCCACAGGACUGGAGGAGACACCACCGCUUGCCGUGAGAAACAGAGAGCUGAACUCUGGAAAUCAGGCUCUGUUGGACAUCCUGAAGCAGGACCGGCGGGAGGCGGCGGAGCAGCGGCAGGAGCUGAGCAGCACCAUCGCUCAACUGCAGGGGGAGCUGGAGAGCUCCGAGAAUCAGAGAGAGAAAUUGGCGUCUCAGUGUGAGCAGCUGCAGCUGCGUCUCAGGACUCUGCAGCUGGACUGGGAGACUGAGCAGAGCAGGAGUGUGUCCUACUUCAACCAGAUCAUGGAACUGGAGAGAGAGAGAGACCAGGCGCUGCGCAGUCGUGACAGUCUGCAGCUGGAGUUCACCGACUGCCUCCUGGAUAAGAACCGUCUGCGCAAACGUAUCGCGGAGCUGCAGAGCAGCCUGGAGCAGCUGCAGAGAGAGACGGAGAGAAACCGAGAGCGGAGAGAGCAGAGCACCACCUCCAUGCACUGCUCUCACCUGUCGUUGUUCAGCGAGGAUCAGUGUUUCGGGCCGUGUUGUUCAGUUGGUCUGAGUCCCAGUCCACUCACACUCAGAGCUCAGCUGAAGUCAGCCUCUGGAGCUCAGAUCUGUGAGCAGUCUGAAGACUCCUGCUGCUCUAAUUCGGAGGAGAAUCUGCUCAUGCCGGAGUGUAACACGGAGAAGGACAUCAACAGGCUCUCGACAUUUCCCUUUCCUCCCUGUAUGAACUCCAUUAACCGCAGAGCAAACAUAGAGUAA